AUGACGUUACGUGCGACGGGGAAGGGCAGUUGGGGGCGGGAUUUCGGCUUGGAGCGGGCAGGACGUAUGGGCGGGGGCGAAUGUGUGGAUGGAUCUAGUCCGGACCAACAUGGGUCAUCCCCCACUUCUUCGUCGAGGGCUGCGGGUGCGCCCAAUCCGUCGGGGCGCUUGCAGCGUUCAGCAAGCGUCGCUUCAUCUACCAGCGAUUCCGAUACUGCACGGGGCAGGGCGGCAGCUGAGGUUCCGGAGGGGAGGUUGGGCCACUCUUUGCACUCCCCCGCCCCGACUGGUACGGAUCCAGUUCUUGGGGAAACUCAGCGGGGGCGGCCGGUUCCGAACGAGGAUUCUGCAGAAGUAAAGGCUCAGCCUCCUCCCACUAUGAGCGCUGAAGAGAUGUUUCGGGCUGUCACGACAGAACUACGAGCCUCGCCGGAGGCGGAGCAACGCGAUUCCUGGAAACGACCGUAG